CACAGCAUUUGAAAAUGACUACACCAAACAAGACACCUCCUGGUGCUGAUCCUAAGCAGUUGGAAAGGACUGGAACAGUAAGGGAAAUUGGAUCACAAGCUGUUUGGUCACUGUCAUCUUGCAAACCAGGGUUUGGAGUGGAUCAGUUACGAGAUGACAAUCUAGAAACUUAUUGGCAGUCUGAUGGCUCCCAGCCUCGUUUAGUGAACAUCCAAUUCAGAAGAAAAAAUCCGGUGAAAACAUUAUAUAUUUAUGUAGACUAUAAGUCCGAUGAAAGCUAUACCCCAAGCAAAAUCUCAGUCAGAGUAGGAAACAAUUUUCACAACUUUCAAGAAAUUCGGCAACUUGAAUUGGAACCAAGUAGCUGGAUUCAUGUUCUCUUAAGGGACAAUCACAAGAAGCCAACUCGCAUGUUCAUGAUACACAUCGCUAUUCUAGCCAAUCACCCAAAUGGAAGAGACACCCACAUGAGACAGAUUAAAAUAUAUACACCACUGGAAGAGAGCUCUAUAGGUAAAUUUCCUAGAUGCACAACUAUUGACUUCAUGAUGUAUCCUUCAAUAAGGUGA